CCGGCGGGCGGAGCGGCGCGGGCGGGCAGUCGCGCGGCGGCACCGCCAUGAACGCGGCGGUGGUGCGGCGGACGCAGGAGGCGCUGGGCAAGGUGAUCCGCAGGCCGCCGCUGACGGAGAAGCUGCUGAGCAAGCCCCCGUUCCGCUACCUGCACGACAUCGUCACGGAGGUGAUUAGGACCACUGGGUUCAUGAAGGGCCUCUACACAGAUGUUGAGAUGAAGUCAGAUAACGUCAAGGAUAAAGAUGCAAAAAUUAGCUUCCUCCAGAAGGCCAUAGAUGUGGUCAUGAUGGUUUCAGGAGAGCCUUUGUUGGCAAAACCAGCCCGAAUCGUGGCCGGGCACGAGCCUGAAAGAACAAACGAGCUGCUUCAGAUAAUUGCAAAGUGCUGCAUCAACAAGCUCUCCAGCGAGGACGCAGUGCGGAGAGUUCUGGCUGGAGAGAAGGCGGACGCGAGAGGAAGGGCCUCCCGGACCUCCAAGCCUCACGAGUCGGACAAUAAGAAUGUGAGGGAAGGCGACUCGAGAGCUCACAGAGAUAGAGAGGGUAGAGGAAAUUCAGAAGUAAAAGAGAGAAGUACGAGCAGAGAUGGAAAGCAGAGAGGAGAGCUGAAAGAAGACGGCAAGUCAAGAGAAAAAGAAAGGGGCAAGGAGAAGACGAAGGACAGUGACCGAGACCGACACAAAGAGGCGGAGAGAGACAAGUCCCGGGAAGGGGAGAAGGAGCAAAGCAGGAGCAGGGCCAGGCAGGAGCGAGAGAGGGACAGAGACAGAGGCCACAAGGACAGAGACGCAGGCCGGGACACGGGGCGGGAGAAGGAGCGGCUCAGAGACCCGGAGCGCGACCGCGACCAGGGCAAGGACCGGGAGCGGCGGAGAGCGAGAAACGGGGAGCACUCCAGGGACCCCGACAGGGAGAAGAACCGAGAGCAGGAGAAGCUGGAGAGAAAGUCAGCAAGUUCAGGGGAGAUAUCUAAGAAGUUUUCAGAUGGAUCCUUUAAAGACUCCAAGGCGGAAACAGAGGCUGAGUUUUCCACGACAGCGUCCCGGUCAUUGACAUCAAAAACAUCAAAACGAAGAUCCAAAACUUCAGAGGAAGGAAGGAAGGAGGAUAAUAUUUCAGGUAAAAGUUUAGACCCCAUAACGUCUGGAUUAAAUGACGAACCAGAUCAGGAAACUACAGCUUCAGAAAUAGGAACCAAAGAAACCAUUACUAACUCAACUAUUGUUUCAGAUGAUAACUCCACUACUCUGUGGCGUGAGAGCGUUGAGCCCGACCCAGCAGUAAAGCAGAAAGGUGACUCCAUCAGUGAUGCAGAAGGAGACACUGGCGCUACUGGCCAAGAUAAAUCCGAGGUGUGCGAGAAUCCAGAAGCCCCCAGCGAGCUGUCCUCCAGUGUCAGAAGAAUACCUCGACCUGGCAGUGCUAGACCGGCGCCUCCCCGGGUCAAACGGCAAGAGGGCGUGGAGACCUUGACGAUGGACAGGACAGGGAGUGGUAAAACCGUCUCAAAUGUGAUUAUAGAUUCACAGAAUUCAGACAAUGAAGACGAUGAUCAGUUUGUGGUGGAGGCUGCCCCUCAGAUCUCCGAAAUGUCCGAAAUUGAGACGGUGCCUGCGCUGGAGCUGGAGGACAGCGAGAAGCACGGUGGACUUGUGAAAAAAAUUUUGGAGACUAAGAAAGAUUAUGAGAAGUUGCAGCAAUCACCCAAACCUGGAGAGAAGGAGAAAUCCUUUGUCUUUGAGUGGGCGUGGAAGAAGGAGAAGGAUAUUGUUUCCAAGGAGAUCGAGAAGCUCCGAGUGUCCAUUCAGACCUUGUGUAAGAGCGCGCUUCCUCUGGGAAAGAUUAUGGACUACAUCCAGGAAGACGUGGACGCCAUGCAGAACGAACUGCAGCUGUGGCACGCGGAGAACAAGCAGCAUGCAGAGGCCCUGCAGAAGGAGCAGAGUAUCACGGACUGUGCCGUGGAACCCCUGAAGGUCGAGCUGGCGGAGCUGGAGCAGAUGAUCCAGGACCAGCAGGACAAGAUCUGUGCUGUGAAGGCCAACAUUCUCAAGAACGAAGAGAAAAUCCAGAAGAUGGUGUACAGUAUCAACUUGACGUCGCGAAGGUGAAUGCCGAGGAUUCCAGGGAGGAAGUGCUGUGUCUGCAUGGCCGGCCGUUGGGAGGAAGUACUGUGGGCUGCAUGGCCGUCGGGAAGCUUCCGGGCUCUGAAAUGCCUGUACCUAGAGUGUGUCGGGAGGCCUGUGCCCCUCCCGGCUGGAGCCCCCGUUGUUUAUAAAUGCUCUUCAGAACACCUUUGUGGGAGGUUUUUUUGCAAGCCUGUUCUCUCUUUCUCUGUAGCCUGUUUAGUCCUGCACCAGAAUUCUCAUGCAGGUAAGCGGUGUCGGCACCAGGAGAUGUUCUUUAUUUUGGUUUUUGAGUCAGGGCUUACUGCAUAGGCCCCAAACGAAGGGUCACCAUGAACUUUUUGAUGGGCACUUGAUACAUAGAAUGAGGCCUGAAAACGAUCACGUUAUAUUUUAGAUUUCCAGCUGAGCAGGGUGGACGGGAGCCCGUGUCCUUGGGUGUGUGCCGACGCCGGGUUGUUUCCUCCUUCUUCGUGAGCGCAUGGGCGUCCUUAUGAGGUCGUUUUUUUGGGCCCUGUUAACUUGUGCUUGUGUAUCUGGCCCUCCAAGUUCACAGUGGACAAGAGAGGUUUCAGGGUGGCUGUUCAGAGCUCCUCUGGUAUGGAGUUGCCACAGGGACACCUUUGCUUUCCUCAUGGCCUUGCCCUGGGCGUCCCCGGUCAGCAUGAGCAGAGCCCCGCGUCCCUGUAGGAGGAGCCCUUCUGUGAGAGGCAGCAGCAUCUUCCUUUUCCUCGCACAGGCUUGUGCACCUGAGAGACAGGCCCUCAGGAGAAGCCACAAGAAGAAGACUUAGGAGGACGGAACAAUGCCUAAAAUUUUUUGAUGUUAUCCACUUUUUUUGGAAAUUGCUUUUUAAAGCAAAGUUAUUAAUUUUUUUAAACUUUUUUAUUUUUAUUUAUUUAUUUAUUUUUUUUUUAGUUUUCCACUUAAAUACAAUAUUGCAAAUGCAUACAAAGGUCUUCAGUUCCUCUGGGAAGGGUUUGUGUGUGGAGUUAUACUUGCAGGUCCUGGGGGCUGGAUCCUGGUCCUUCUGCCUCCACUGAGGAGUCUGCCUCAAACGUGAGCAUUGCUGAGAAGGGUCAGCAAGGGCAGCACAGCUUGUUUUAGGUGCAGAGCAAACCCUCCCUGGGGCGGCCGUGGGCUCCCAAGCUGCCUGGCUCAGGAGCAGGUGCUGGAGAUCUACCCUGUGGUGGCACUGCUGCUUCUCCCUCCCACCUGCAUCUUGCAGUUAUUUUUGACCAGUUCCUAGGACACACGGGUUGCGGUGGGAGGGGCUGUUGGUUACAGUCCUUCAGGUAUUUAUAGUCUCUUUGCUACUGAAUUGAGUGGCUCAGCUGUGAUCCCUAGUGGUCCCUGUUUGCUUCAGGUUAAGCCACAUGCCUUUCAUGACUUUGUCCCUGUGAAUAGGAUUUGUGCAUUGCAGAAAUUGCAUACAUUGUAUGUGAGCAGACUUGUGUGAAGUAGUCUAUCACAUUGUAUCGUAAAGUUUAUUUUUCUUUUAUAUGUAAAUCGUAAAAAUGAUCACCUAUUUUUUUUAUAAGUGUAUGGAUUGUACAGUUCAUUUCACAAAUGGAAAAAUCAUAAGCAUUUGGAUUUUUAGUUUUCAAAGGUAUGUAGAAAAAUACGUCUUUUCAUUCCUGUUGUGACACUUACCCCUUUUCUAAUUUAACUGAAGUUUUAUAAGACAGGUAAGUAUUUACCAGAAAUUUUAAGACAACUUAUAAAGCUCGUGAAGGUCUCUGUAUGUAGCUAUCACUGUAUCUUAUGAUCAACAGAUUAAAUCCUAAUCUUAUUAACAUUUUGAGGAAAUAUACCAAUGGAAUUCUUAA